CGCAUAGAUUAUCCUUUUCGAUUUGGUUAACGUGGGAAGAGGAACUUUAUAUGCCCACCUCUUCAUCUUCUUCUUCAAUCAUCUCUGUCUCCUCUCUGCCACCAUUAUAAGAGGAAAGCAGAGCAGGGGAGAGUGGGGACGAAGGUUGGUUCUUGAAGAAGGAAAGGAUAACGGUAGAGAUAAAGGCGGAGAAGAUCUCUUCCUCCUGUUUCGCUCGCUGCUGGUAUAUAGGAUUUCUCUUUUGAGAUUUUUCGCCCUGGUUCAGGAGGGAAAGGGGAGAAAGGAGGAAGCUUGCCCACGAGUUUUGGCUGAAGAAGACGGCCGGCUUUUUGUCUGUGAAGUUCGCCGGAGGGAAAAAAAGAUUGGAUUUUUAUUACUGAAUUGGUGAGAGAUGUGGGAUUUAAAUGGUUCGCCGGAAGAGGUGAAAGCUGUGAUAUCUCAAGUGGAGGAGAUCUCUUCAGGCGGAUCGGGGUCUGCUGAAAACUCCAGCUCCUCCACCGUGGUGAUAGAGCACUCGAACGGUGGUGCCGGCUUCGAGGACUUCUUUGGCCUAGAGGAAAGUUACUCAAGCGAGCCUGUAGUAACCCACCAGUUCUUCCCGAUCGGAGAACGGCAGCCGGAGAUACCAUUCCUUUCUUUAACUGCCGGCGGUGUGCCGGCCGAGAAGAACAACUGGUUCGGAUUGAAACUUUCGGAGCCGGCCAUGGCCGGCGGCGUUGUGAAGACCAUGAUGGUCUCACAGCCAAUAAAGAAGAGCAGGCGGGGCCCAAGGUCACGGAGCUCACAGUACCGUGGUGUUACCUUCUACCGGAGAACCGGCCGUUGGGAAUCCCACAUCUGGGAUUGUGGCAAACAAGUUUAUUUAGGAGGAUUCGACACAGCUCAUGCUGCUGCAAGAGCAUAUGACAGAGCAGCCAUUAAGUUUCGAGGUACUGAAGCCGACAUAAACUUUACCCUGAGUGACUAUGAGGAUGAACUGAAGCAGAUGGGCGAUCUGACAAAAGAGGAAUUUGUUCAUCUUCUUCGAAGGCAAAGUACAGGAUUUCCAAGAGGAAGCUCCAAGUUUAGGGGAGUUACUCUCCACAAAUGUGGGAGAUGGGAGGCCAGAAUAGGCCAGCUCUUAGGCAAGAAAUAUGUCUAUCUGGGCUUAUUUGAUACAGAAGUUGAAGCUGCUAGGGCUUAUGAUAAAGCUGCAAUCAAGCUCAAUGGGAGGGAUGCAUUGACCAAUUUCGAUCCAAGAAUAUACGAAGAAGAGCUCAAGUCUGAAGAUGUGGAAGCUGAACAUAAUUUGGAUCUAACUUUGGGGGGCUUCGGCUCGAAAAGGAGUCGCCUUGAACCGAUUGAAGAUGACGGGCUGAUGGUCAUGGAUCAGAGGAUUCCAAUGAAUUAUGAAUCUGAAUGGAUCAGAAACACUAGUGCCAAGUAUGAUGGAAAGCCUAAAUUGCCUGAAGAAGAACAGUAUGGAACCAAUCAUCAUCCCCUAAGCAGCGUAUAUGUUAAAAAUCCAGUUUUUCAGGCUAAUCGGCUCGAAAUCAAUGGCCAUCAGCAAUUUCCAAGCAGCAGCCAUGGAAUUAGAAGUAGAGAUGGAGGUUUAGGAAGAUUCUCUCUAUCUGUUGGCGGCGGAGAGCAGCCUCGAAGGCCGCCCGUUUCUGUAACCGGCGGCGGAAUCCAGUGGCCGGCAGCUGCUGCUUUCACUGCAAGUAGCUCUCCUUAUCUGCUUUCCGCCGCUGGAGCAGCAUCAUCAGGAUUCUCUUAUCAGACUGUGAGGCCUCAACCCAAGAAAAUAGUGAGGAACUGAAGAACUAUGAAUCAAAUUAUGGAGUUUUUUUUUUCUUUAGUUUUUUUAUGAAAAGAAUAACUUGUUCAUGGUUCCUCUGUGAUGGGUUAGAGUUGCUUUGAUCAGUUUUAGUAGUUAAUUCAAGCACAAAUAAGGCUUGGAUUUUUCCUUGCACUUGAUAGGAUCAUGUGUUUGUGCAAGAUGAAAUGUUGAAGCUAAGUGCAAAAUUUUAUUCUA